GUUUUCCUCUCCAUGUUCAAAUGUCAAAACCAGUGAGUCAAUACUAAGAGUUAUUUUGGACAAUGGAUUAAGUUAAAACAAUCAUCCAAAAAUAGUAUUUCUCGCUUAAUACGUGUUCGAAAACAAUGUUUUAACUGUUUGAUCCCUAAAAACCGCACGGAAAAUGGCCGAUUUGAUCAGGGGGAGCGCCUUGCAGGGUGCUGGUAUCAUGAAAGAUAAACUGGGUUCUCCCAGUACAGGAAGUGAAGAUGGUAACGAUCAAGAGCACCCGCCGCCCCCUAAAACGGAGCCUGAAGACCCCGAUCUUGGUGAUUCCGCGACUCACGCGCCCCCGGAAACACAAUGGUAUCAUGGGCGAUUGGAUAGGUAUCAAGCUGAGGAGCGCCUUUGGGAGGAGAACCGAUUGGGAAGUUAUCUUGUAAGAGAAAGUGAUCGUAAACCGGGAUCGUACGUUUUAUCUUAUUUGGGAAGAACUGGAAUAAAUCAUUUUCGAAUAACAGCAGUUUGUGGUGAUUUUUAUAUUGGGGGACGUCAAUUUGAUUCUUUAAAUGAUUUGAUUGGAUAUUACACACAAUUUAGUGAUUUAUUAAAAAGGGAAAGAUUAAUUCAUCCAGUUGCACCUCCGGAACCAGUCAACGAUAAAAAGAGAGUCGUUGCAAUUCUUCCUUACACAAAAAUGCCCGACACCGAUGAAUUAACAUUUAAAAAGGGUGACAUCUUUUUCGUUCACAACGAUAUGGGUGAUGGUUGGUUAUGGGUGACCGCUCAUCGUACUGGAGAACAAGGAAUGAUUUUUAGAGAACUCGUUGAAGAUUUAGAUGAUAGUAUUGAUCCAAAUACGGUCUUCCCAUGGUUUCAUCCAAGUUGUACUAAAAGCGAAGCUGUUGAUUUACUCGUAAAAGCUGGUCCUGGAAGCUUUCUUGUACGACCAAGUGAUAACUCACCCGGAGAUUACUCAUUAUUUUUUCAUAUAAACAAUCAAAUUCAACGAUUUCGGAUUGAAAAAAGAGGGGUGCGAUAUCUAAUGGGGGGAAGAAUUUUUGAAUGUUUAGAUGCGGUUAUAAAUCGUUAUCGGAAAGAACAAAUUGUUGAGGGUUAUACUUUACAGCAUCCUUUGGUUGUUGAUGGUUCAAAACAAUUGGAUUGGGUACCGGAUGGUAAUAAAAUGAAAUCGGAGCCUGAAAAAAUUUACGCCACUUUGAGGGAAUGUCGAGAUCAAGCGAGUUUUAAAAAAAUGAAAGGAAUUAAACACAAAGGUUAUUUACAUAGAAAACCGGAUAAAGUUACAAAAAAAUGGAAACUCCUCUAUUUUAUUUUAUUAGUUGAUGGUACCGAUACCCUUUUAUAUAUUUAUGAAAAUCCAAAACGCACAAAACCCAAGGGGCUCAUCGAUUUAUCUUGCGCUUACUUGUAUCAGGUACAUGAUAGCCUUUGGGAGCGACAAUACUGCUUUCAAAUCGUCGAAAAAGCUUUACCAUGUAUUUCAACAGUAACUCAUUUAGCGGCACCUUCGUUAGAAGAGUGCCAAGAAUGGAUAAACGCUCUUAAACCGUUAUGUGUACCACAAAUGAGCAAAGCCACGUCAAAAGUACCCAAAUUACGCGAGUUAAGAUGUUUAACUUUAAACAUUUUGGACGCCCAUCGACUUCCAGUUAAAUUCGUACCUCAACCCUACAUCACAAUUCAAUUAAACAACCAAGUUCGUAUCGGAAAAACCCGCGUUAAAAGUGGUUCAGAUCCAAUUUGGGAGGAAGAAUUUGUAAUUGACGAUGUUCCUUGCGAUAUCGUUUCAUUUACAUUGACAGUUUAUAAUAAAGGUAAAAGGGGAAAAGACAAUGAAGUCGCCGAUUUACAUAUUGAUUUGAGCAAAUUGGGAAACGGGGAGGAACACGAAAAAUGGUAUGAUUUAACUGGGGUUACUCCAAUUGGGGAAUGGGGAUCUUUAAGAUUACGAAUAAGAUAUUUACACGAUUUGGUUAUGCCCGGAGAAGAAUACAGCCCGCUUCAACAACUUUUAUUAGAACCUGGGUUAACAUCUGUGAAAACUUUGGCGGAAAUUUGUCACGCGGAUCGCCAACCGUUAGCAGUGGCUUUAUUGAAAGUUUUUAGAGCGGAAAUGAGAGAAACUGAGUUGUUGAGGGAAUUAAAUAAUGCUGAAAUUGAAAAAGAAACCGAAAUUUCGACGUUAUUUCGAGCAGCAUCACUCCCAACGACCCUAAUGGACCUAUACAUGCGAGCGGAAUGCGGCGAUUUUUUAAGAGCUGCAUUAAUGGAUAUAAUUCAACGUCUCUUGGAAAGUAAACAAAGCGCUGAAUUGAAUCCGAAUAAAAUGGAUUCGCCUGAUGAGGCGUGUAGCAACGCAGAAUUUCUUUUACAAAUUCUCGAUCAAGUCACAUUAACAAUAUUUAUAUCGUUAGAAGAACUGCCUAGACCUGUUCGUUAUAUUUGCGGUUGUCUCCAAAAAGCGGUGGUAGCAAAAUGGCCUGGUGAACGAUUCGUUCGAACUCGCGUCGUUUCCGGAUUUAUUUUCCUAAGACUAUUAUGUCCAGCUUUAUUAAAUCCUCGUCAAUUCAGUUUGGUUAAUGAACAACCAUCUCAAAUGGCGACAAGAAGUUUGGUUAUGGUCGCCAAAUGCUUACAGAAUUUAGCGAAUUUGGUUGAGUUUGGUGGAAAAGAACAAUACAUGGAAGUUGUGAACCCGUUUAUUUUAAAAAAUAAAGAACGUAUGGUGGUGUUUUUGGAUCAAUUAUCGGCGAUUGGCGACCCAGGUGAAUUGGUUAAUAUAAACAGAUUAGACACAGCGAAAGAAUUGGCUACUUUACAUCACAUUUGUGUUGCUCAUUUACCGGAAUUACAAGCAAUUUCUAAAGUUAAUCCGAGUUUGAAAACUUUGGUUACUGUUACUGAUAUGUUAACAAAACACAAGCAAAAAUAUCUUGAGAUGAUAAGAUAGUUAUAAAUCGGUGGAUGAUAAAAAGAGUAACCAACCAAGUCAAGUGAUUGUGUCCAAUUUUUUUCUUUUCAUAACACAUUGUCUCCAAAUAUUAGCCUUAAGGUCUCUUUAUCUGUCUCUCAUGCUUUUUUGAAUGUGUCCCUUUUAAACCUUUCAUUAAUAUUAUUAUUAUUAGAGAAAUGUGGGGAAUAAUCGCCCACACGGUAUUUCGCGAAGACUGUAUUUACUUAGGAGGUAGGGUUAAUAACUAAGUCAGUAGGUUUUGUGCUUUAAAACAAGAAUGAUGAAUUUCUUUUAUGAUUAUACGUGUCCAUAAACAAAGAUAAUGAUACAGAUAAUAAUAUAUUUUGUUGUUGUUUAGUCAGCGCCAUUAUUUAGUACAAGUAUUAAUAUUUUUUCGAAAUUAAAUAUAUUCAUACCGCACAUACCGUAAUCUACAUUUUUAUCUUUGUUUAUGCAAGUAACUAGAAAGUGUAUGUUGAAGGACUUUUUAAGUUUUCCACAAAUGUAUAAUUAAAUUUUUAAAUUUCCAUUUAUUUUUAAUUUCAAGUAUUGCAUAACUUCCUUUUUAUUGACUUUUAUAUAACCUCCCAUAUUUGUAUUAUUUUACUGAUUUUAGAGGCGGUAUUAUUUAUAGUAACUUUAAGAUGACUUUUUAUACAUCAGCUAUGUGUCAUAUAAGAGUAAGUUUUUUGUAUAAAUAAACUGUAUGAAGUUAUUCCUA